AUGGACAAUUUGUUUGAUAUAUUUAACUCAUCAAAAACAACUAACAGUAAAGACUUCAGGAGACCUUUUAAGAACACGUCAAAUCAAAGAGAAUAUUUACUUAUGGUAUCAUUUUUUGAGACUUUGCGAGUUGUAACAGAAAUUAAUGGUUCUAAUCUUACUUACCGAAUGAACUUCAUCAAUGGCUGGUUGAUAUCAAUAAAUGGACUAUUAUUAUUGUGGAGUAACAUGAAUCCCACAAAUGAUUGUAAUUUUGUUCUCUAUACAUCGCGUUUAAAUACAGAUCGUCUCGAAAAUCUUUUUGGUAUGUUUCGACUUCAAAAUGGGAAUAAUUUAAAUCCGACACCUGUUCAGUUUCACUGUGCCUUCAAAAAACUCUUCUGUUUAAAUUAUUUUAAACAUUCACCAAAUUCAAAUUGCUUAAAAGAUUUGGAUAGCAUUUUAAGUCAUUCAAAUGUAGAAGAGACUGGGAAUUGCAACACACCGGUAAUACUUCCAAAGCAGACAGCAAAUCUGAUCAAUUUCAUUCCAUAUUUGAAAAUUGAAGAUGUUGAUUACAGAGACCUCAACAUACCUGAAAGUAAUGCAUUAAAUUAUAUUUUUGGAUACUUGUAUAUGAAAUGUUUAAAAAAGCAUACGUUUAAUGAAUGGAUCAAAUAUGGGCACAGUCAAAAGGACUUAGACAAAUCAUUUCUAUUCUGCCACUUUAAAGCAUAUGAAGAUAAAAAUAAGACCAUCUUUGGACAUUUUCAAGUACCACACAAUGAUUUCCACGAUUUUAUUUUUGAACUAGAAAAUAUAUUUAUUGAACAAUUUCCAAUCUAA